UAGAAGACAGAACCAGCUCAGGGUCCUGGGGGAAUGCAGGCCAUCCGAGUCCAUCCCGGAACUAUGGAGAUGGGACUCACUACGAUCACAUGGCCAGCAGAGACCUCGGCUCCCACGACAAUCUCUCUCCUCCCUUUGUCAAUUCCAGGAUACAAAGUAAAACAGAACGAGGUUCCUACUCAUCAUACGGACGAGAUUCCAACUUACAGGGCUGCCACCAGCAAAGUCUCCUGGGAGGGGACAUGGACAUCGGUACCCCCGGAGCGCUGUCCCCGUCCAAGCCCGGCUCCCAGUACUACCAGUAUCCCAGCAAUAAUCCGCGCCGGAGGCCUCUGCACAGCUCCUCCAUGGAAGUUCAGACAAAGAAAGUUCGGAAAGUUCCUCCGGGUUUGCCGUCCUCAGUUUAUGCUCCCUCAGCCAGUACUGCCGACUACAACAGGGAUUCUCCGGGUUAUCCCUCCUCCAAACCAGCAGCCAGCACUUUUCCCAGCUCCUUCUUCAUGCAAGAUGGCCACCACAGCAGCGACCCCUGGAGCUCCUCCAGCGGGAUGAACCAGCCUGGCUACGGGGGAAUGCUGGGCAACUCUUCCCACAUUCCCCAAUCCAGCAGCUACUGCAGCCUCCACCCGCACGACCGCUUGAGCUACCCAUCCCACUCCUCAGCCGACAUCAACUCCAGUCUUCCUCCGAUGUCCACGUUCCACCGGAGCGGGACCAACCAUUACAGCGCCUCGUCCUGCACCCCCCCGGCCAACGGCACCGACUCCAUCCUGGCCAACAGAGGAAGUGGGGCAGCGGGAAGUUCGCAGACUGGUGAUGCCCUGGGGAAAGCACUCGCCUCUAUCUAUUCUCCAGAUCACACCAACAACAGCUUUUCAUCAAAUCCUUCAACUCCUGUUGGUUCUCCCCCUUCUCUCUCAGCAGGAACAGCUGUUUGGUCUAGGAAUGGAGGUCAAGCGGCAUCAUCUCCCAAUUAUGAAGGUCCCUUACACUCCCUGCAGAGCCGGAUCGAGGACCGGCUGGAGCGGCUGGACGACGCCAUCCACGUGCUGCGGAACCACGCGGUGGGAGCGGCGCCCAUGGCCGGGGCCCACGGGGACAUGCACGGGCUGCUGGGCGCCCACAACGGUGCCAUGGCCGGGCUGGGCGCCGGCUACGGCACCGGGCUGCUCUCGGCAAACCGCCACUCCAUCAUGGUGGGAGCGCACCGGGAGGACGGGGUGAGCCUCCGCGGGAGCCACUCGCUCGUGCCCAACCAGGUGCCCGUCCCUCAGCUUCCCGUCCAGUCGGCCACGUCCCCGGACCUGAACCCGCCCCAGGAUCCUUACAGGGGAAUCCCGACAGGACUGCAAGGCCAGAGCGUCUCGUCGGGCAGCUCCGAGAUCAAAUCCGACGAUGAGGGCGACGAGAACCUCCAGGACACCAAGUCUUCGGAGGACAAGAAACUGGAGGAUGACAAGAAGGAUAUCAAAUCCAUUACUAGGUCAAGAUCUAGCAAUAACGACGACGAGGACCUGACCCCGGAGCAGAAGGCAGAGCGGGAGAAGGAGCGGCGCAUGGCCAACAACGCGCGGGAGCGGCUGCGCGUGCGUGACAUCAACGAGGCCUUCAAGGAGCUGGGCCGCAUGGUGCAGCUCCACCUCAAGAGUGACAAGCCCCAGACCAAGCUCCUCAUCCUCCACCAGGCCGUAGCUGUCAUCCUCAGCCUGGAGCAACAGGUCCGAGAACGGAAUCUGAAUCCAAAGGCUGCGUGCCUGAAAAGAAGGGAAGAAGAGAAGGUCUCCUCGGAUCCGCCCCCGCUGUCCCUGGCAGGACCCCACCCUGGGAUGGGAGAUGCCUCCAAUCACAUGGGACAGAUGUAAAAAGGUCCAAGUCGCCGUGUUCCUGCCCGGAAAAGCGAGAGACCACUUCCUUAUCCGCUGUAUUCUCUUAAAUCCCACAGAAACACUUCUCCUUGCGAAACCCCUUUGUUUUGUAAGAUAAGACAAGUCUGAGCAGUUCUGAAUCCCAGACGCAAGAGAUUCCAGCAUUCCCGAGGGAAAAAAAACCACAAAAAACCCACGGAACCCAACGAGAAAAAAACGAAACAAAAAAGUGCAACUUUUGGAGGGAUGACUCUCUUUGAACAUAUCAAGCAGAAUGUCCAACUUGGAAUUCCGAGACUGAAUGGCAAUCUUUUUCCACACUGUGGGACAAUGCAUUUGUGCCUAAAAUUCCUUGGUUUUUUUUGGGUUUUUUGGGUUUGAGGUUUUUUUUUUCAGUUUUGUUUUUGGGGUUUUUUUUUGGUGG